AUGCGGCGCCGAGGAUUGCGGAGAAGAUGUGACUUCUCUGCACACUGGAGAUUCUGUGUUUCCUGGGUCGCACUGGCAUUGUCUCUAUUGCAGGGACUUUCCUUAGUUCAUUCUUCUACCAGAAUAGAACAUCACCCACCGAAAGUUGUAGGAUCAACAAAUUUACCAGGAAAUGAAUCUAUGACAAUAUCCCCAACAGGAACUCUUUUAUUCCAACAUUUCAAAUCUUACAUGAGUGGAAUUUACACAUGUUCCCUAGUGUUUAAGCCUACUACUGAGCAAGAAGAAAAAAGCUAUUUAAUUAAAUAUGUUAUUUAUGCUUAUUCUGAUCCUAAUUUUUACUAUGAGUUUACAGCACGGUAUCAUUCAGCUCCCUGCAAUAGUAUCUAUAAUACUUCUUUUGAAAAGAAGCUGCUUCAGAUAUUGGCCAAGCUUGUUGUGGAGCUAGCCUGUGAGGUUUCAUUAGAAAAGUCUGAAUGCCAUCAUGUAAAAAUGCAGAGAGCUGGAAUGCAAAAUGAAUUAUUCUUCACUUUUAAAGUUUUUUCUCUAGAAGCAGUAAAAGGCAAAAGUAUGUGUCAGAAAAAUGCAUGUGACGUAUCAAGAAGAUUACGAAAGGCAAAAAACCUAAUAGAGAAAUUCUUUAGCCAACAAGUUGAAGUUCUUGGAAAAAGAACAGCACCACUACCUGAAAUAUACUACAUUGAAGGCUCUCUGCAAAUGGUGUGGAUUAAUCGUUGUUUUCCAGGUUAUGGAAUUAAUUCUCUACUACACCCAGAUUGCCCUAAUUGUUGUGUUGUGUGCAGUCCAGGAUCAUUCAACCCUCAUGAAGGAACUCAUUGUCUUCAAUGCAACAGAAGUCUGACAUAUGGAGCCAAACAUUGUUAUUAGACUGUUAGCAUAAUCCUUUUGCUAUGUUUAGUAACCUUCUUGUACUUUAC